UUUUCAGAAAACAGUUCAAGUGAAGAAACUGCAAAUACUUCAUAUGAAUAUAAUUAUGAAUAUGAUGAAGUAUGUGACAAGCAAAAUGUGGCCAGAAUCGGAUCCAUUGCGGUUCCUCUGGUCUUUUCCUUUGUGGUCCUCUUCAGUCUGGUGGGGAACAUACUGGUUCUUGUGUUCCUGCCACAUUCUUGGCAUUCACAGAUAUACAGGUUACUCUGCAACUUAGCAAUAUCUGACCUGAUCUUCACUGCUGGACUUCCGUUCUGGUCGUGUCAGUUCAUCUGGGGCUGGACGUUUGGUGAUGUAAUGUGUAAAGGUGUGAGCUUUGUGUUCUCUGUUGGAUUUUAUAGCAGCAUUGUGUUCAUGAUGAUGAUUUCCCUUUGGCACUACUUACGUGUAUUCCAUGUUUUUUUAAUGUUGACGACAUUUUUUAGAGCAGCUACUUUCCUAUCUUGGGUGAUAAGCAUUGCUUUAGCUGUACCAGCAUUAUUCCAAAGCUCAGUCGUAUCUGACACUGAUGAUCCAAACAGACUUUACUGUAUGCAUAACAGCAAUGGAGCUAAACUUGCUGCAACGUAUCAACAGAACAGCUUAUUUGUGGUGGCCUUUUUACUAAUUGGUUUUUGCAACAUAAGAGUUGGUCAGAAACUUAAUCUGACGAAGACAUUGGACAGAGUACGUGUAUAUCGAUUUCUAAGAGUCAUCCUCUGCAUUGUGAUAUUCUUCUUCAUUGGCUGGGCUCCUUAUAACAUUGUGAUGUUUCUGCAGUCCCGCAGUUAUUACCACAUUAAUGAUUUUACUGACUGUAACAUGUCUGAUAAUCUAGACUAUGCACUUUAUGUCUGCACAAUGCUGGCCUUUUCACACUGCUGUAUCAAUCCAGUGCUUUACGCCUUUACUAGAGAAACAUUCUGGAAACGUUUGAGGGAGAUUCUUCCCUGUACCGAAAUCCCAGCAGAUGCCCAGCAACCACAGAUUGCUGAACUAAAUGAUGAUUGAUACUGAAAAAAACUGAUACUGAAAAACUGUAGAAGCAAUCAUAGCAAGACCUGCUAAUGUUAGUGAAUCCCUGCUUUAUUAAACACACUGCAGCAUGGACUGAUUAGAUUAGAUAUAAUAUAGCAAUAAGUGUUGUGAUGAUUGUGCAGGGUGUGUGAAUGCUCAAAGCUGAAAUGUCAUUUUGUUAUAUCAAUAUUGUAUAAUGUGUAUUUAUGUAAACACAAGGUUUGAUAGAGGGAAAUUUAUGUUUUUGUACUUUUUCAUGUUGCCGGAGCCAAGUCAUUUUUAGACUUGCAUCAGGGCAUCAUGCCCUGCCAGCAAAACAUGCUGCAACAUAUCAACAGAACAUCAUCUUCUUUGUGGCCGCCUUUAUAGGUUUUCUGAAUUCUCUGGAAUCUGUGGACGGAAUGGGAUGUGAGGCACAUUGUACAUUGUAAUGUUUUUUUCUGAUUUAACACAAUGCUGGGGUGUAAACGGGAUGACUAACUGAAUCAGGUGUGUUUUGUUUUUUGUUUUUUUGUUUUUCUGGCAAGCUGAAAAGCUACUUCUGCAUCAAGUCAAUAACUGUAUAAUGUCAAGUUGUAUAGUGUUUGAUUUGUUAUAAUGGUAAAAAAAAUCUGAA